GUUGUUCAGUGCCUUUUAGGGCUUCUUUGCUCUUCUUUAUUUAUAGGCUGAAUAUAAUUAACUCUGAUUGGUUAGUCAUAGAAUCUCGCGGAUUGCCAGCGUGGCACUUAAUCUCGCCUUUGAUUUAUUAUAGUCCGUUCAUAUUUUCUGUGGGGGGAGAUGGUGAGAAAGACAAUAACUAGAAGGGUAUCCACUAGCAAAUACCAAACUUUAUAAGGACCACGCUGAGAAAUUAUAUAACACAAAGGAGUAAACUGCAAACAACAACAAAAGAUACAAGGACCACGCUGAGCAAAAGUUAUAAGCUGCUUGCCUAGUAGCGGCUUACGUCGUCGUGACGGGUUUGGGAGAUUAACUUCUCGGAGAAGAGUAGAAGGAGAAGAAGACGAAUCUUAUCAAUGGUGACUCCGACGAGUUAUACGUUGAACCAUCGCAGUGAAGUCGAAAGCAACAAAGAGUUUCACGCUUACUGCUUCUCUCUCGCUAAUCGAAUCGAUGCCUCUAUUGGGAACGAUGAAGUUCCCGUGGAUGCUCAACACCUUGCUAAAGCCCUUAAUCAAGUGUUUCGACGUAGAUGCGAUGAUGAAACGAAGGCAGUGAUAAUGGUGCUGAUGAUCUCAGUCAAGACUGCUUGUGGGCUUGGAUGGUUCCCGGAGAGAGAAUCUCAAGAACUGUUGGUUCUUGUAGACUCGAUGUGGAAAGGUUUCAGCGGUCCUGAAAACGUCGCCUCCGGUUUAAAUAGUCCAGUCAGUCUGAUUCCGCAGGUCAUGGAAAGGUACUAUCCAUUUACAAAGUUGGGGCAAAUUCUUGUUUCUUCUGAGUCGGAGGCAGAAUCAAACAUAAUGCUGAAGGACUUCCAUAUUUCAAAAAAGAUGUUGCAACAUUCUCCCAAACAGAAAGUUGGAUUAUUUGUUUUCCGGACAGAGGACAUAAGCAAAUCAAGUUGUAUUAUACAUCCUCAAGAAGUCAGCUUUUUAUUGAAUGGAAAGGGCGUUGAAAAGAGAUAUGGCUUAUCAAAGGAUUCUGGGCCGCAGUGUCUAACGAAUGUUACUAGCCUGCUCAACGCUGGGUCAAAUCUUCUGCAAGCAAUAGGCUGCUUUGGAGGUAGUUACUUCAUUAUUAUUGCUUUAUUCGAUACCUUAGCACUGCCGGCGAAUCCGUUGCUGAAAGAUUAUAUUCAUUCUGAAGUCAUUGAAUCAAAUUCAGAUUGUGACAUAAUUGUGGGCCCAUCAAGGAUCUCUCUCAGCUGUCCUAUCAGCCGCACACGUUUCCAACUUCCUGUGAAGGGUCAUGCCUGUAAACAUCUUCAGUGUUUUGAUUUCUGGAACUACGUCAAAAUAAAUACGAGAAUACCAUCAUGGCGCUGCCCGCAUUGCAAUCAGUCUGUUUGCUAUACUGACAUCCGUGUAGAUCAAAACAUGAUAAAGAUUCUAGAAGAGGUGGGAUGUAAUGCUAGGGAUGUGGUUAUCUCUGCUGAUGGAUCAUGGAGGGUUGUAACGGAGAACGGUGAGAAUGCGGGAGGUGUGCGGGAAACCACUCAUGAAAACAUGGACCCAACUAGUUUCCAAAACCUGGGGCCUACUGUUUUGGAUCUUACCAGAGAUGAGGAUGAAAUGGAAACAUCCGGAGGCACUCAAGUCAAUGAACAGAAGCCUUGUGUAUCCGAGAUCCGGGGUCUGUCUUCUCCUUCAACCGACGCACUGCCAGAGUUGCCACAAACUUUGAAUAUAGUUGAUGGGCAGCAACACUUCAUCAACUCUACGCAAGUAGGAAACAGUCGAGACUCAGCAGUAAGAGAUGCCAUUCGUACCAACCCAUAUCCGCAAGAUAGAAGAUUAGCUACAAAUACUCCCAGCUUUCACAUAUCAAUGCCUGGUGCUCAGUCUUCUCAGUUUCAAGGGUCACAUGUUACCCCCCUUAGAAAUUGUCUCGGAAGAACCACUGAUUUGAUGGAGAGAUGGAGUCAUAUAUAUGGAAAUAGCACAACUCAAACUCCAUUGACACCCAUGCCUCCUCCGUUGAAUCAUCACCAGUAUGCAAUGCAGAACCAGAGGCUUCCCACCAGGAGCAUGUCCACUGUGCAGGAAAGAUCGAUCCCAUCUUCCAUUACACAUCCCCAAACUUUGGGUGUCAACAACUAUGGAGGGACCUCCGUCCAGAGACACAUGCAAACACCUGUUCAAAGACGGAAUCUUGGUGGCGCAGCAUCGUCGCGUGAGUCCAUGAAUUUGACUCCUGCUAACACAGGACAGAUCCGUAUGAGAGGCAGUCUAAUGCCCGGUUCCACGGGGUAUGACCACAUGACCAUUCGACCUACUCAGCCGGUUCAGACACAAGCUCAAACACUUCCUCAGCCAACAGCUUAUAAUUAUAUGCCGGUUCAGGGACAAGCUCAAACACUUCCUCAGCCUCAACCAACAGCUUACUAUAACAACAUAGAUGAUGAAAUUCAAGCUUUUCUGGCUCAACAAACGGAAGCUGGACUCGGUUCAGUUCCCGUGGCUGAAGGUGUUGGGACGCUGGGGUCGUUUUGGUCAAUGCCUCCUGAGACAUGGUGAUUAUCUGAUGGCUUUAGAUGAUAUGCAGCCACAGCUGUUUGUAGCAAUAGCAUGAAUCCCACUAACACAAACCAAAUAGCAUACAAGUCGUUAUUGUUUUUUCUGUUACUAACCGGUUUUGGCUUCCGGUAUGUAUAUGGGGGUAUGUUUGAGAUUUACUCAAUUUGAAAAAGAAGGCGGUAAUUAUUUAA